CGUCCUGGGAAAUUCAUCAGGGAGACAAUUGAGGAGGCGGAGAAGCUUAGGGUUGAGCGUUAAAAAUGGACAGGCAAACACGAAAAACUAAUUUUAAAAAACUGCAACUACCCGCGACCACAAAGCUGCGAUCCACGCGCAGCAGCAAAAGGAACACAGAAACUCUUACACUAUCCAACUACUUCAAUACCCCAGAGAAAGUCAGCAAUCAGGCAGAUCAGGUUGAAGAUCAGUCCAAGGAAUCGGAGCAAACAGCUACAAAGACCAAUGAUAAGAUUAGGGCCGCGAAUUUAGAAACAUCGCCAGAUGAGCCUAAAAUUAAGAAACCACGUGAAAGCGAUGACUUCGAAAAACCUGGCCCUAAGCCCAAGAAAGCGCCCAAAAUCAAGGCAAAGGCACCACGCCGGGGUCGCAGUAAACAGCAGCCGGCUAUUAGCAAUUUUCUGCGCAACGAACAACUCUUUGCGGAAGUGACGGCCCAGCACUGUAUAGCCGACAACUUCAGUCCGGAUGACAUUGAAAUGGCGCUGGCGCUUUCCAAGUCCGAGGCUGAAAAGCAUGGCAGGCUGCGGUUGCAUGAAUCGGACGAUGCGGUUGUUGAUUUGAUCGGCAAUACCGACACAGAAGAAGGAAACAUCCAGAACAUACGCCUCAAGCUGCAAAAAUAUGGCUUUCGUACAGCAGCAAAAGAAGAUUAUAACUCAUUGUCUGUUGCCAUUUUGCCAGGCGUUAGACGUGGUGGCAAAAAGUGCAGGUGGGCCAAUAAAUUUACAGCGCUGACGUUGCGAAAUCCAGAGAUCCAAUUAAAAAAGUUACAGAACAGAGUUGUGACUCUGCUUGCAGAACAGUGGAUUACAAAAGAAGCGUCGUCGGAAGAGUAUUCACUAACAUCAUAUGAGCUGAUAAGCACAGAUCUUCGUCUAUUGGAAGCCAGUGACGAGAAACGGAUUACCCACGAGCCCAGCGAACAGCCUUUGACUGAUUUAAAUGCCUAUUAUGUGAGGGAUCUAUUCGAAGUAAGCAAGACGCCUGCGAAUCAUUUGCUAAAGGAUUGGUCAGCCAUACAGGGACGCGACCUGUCCCCAAAGCGCUUGACCACUCAAAGUAGGCGACGUAAAGAGCUAUUAGAAAAAGUGUACUCUGAAUUGGAGGAGCUUUUCGGUAACAAACCUAAGCCUGAGCAGAAAGUAUCAUCAAACGAAAUGGUAAUAAAUAAUGGACUGCCCGAACUUGCGAAACUUAUAAAAGAAAACAAAGUACCAUCGUUGGAAGUAGAAAACAGAGUAAAACCUGUAGUAUCUCCAAAAGCAAGAUCACUGGAAUCACUGGAAGUAAAUGAAUCAGAUGUCAGAGCUAACAAACAGCCUGAACUAGCAAAGUUUUUUAAAAAAAAUGCAAAGGCUUUGGGAGAGGAGUCCCCAGAAAUAAAUGAACUAUCCAACAUUAAUGAAUUAUCUGCAUUUGCUAAGCUCAUCGAAGAUAACAUUGUCGAAGAAAAGUCUGCAGCCUGCGCAACUCAAAUUGAAAUGUAUCAAAUUAGCUGUAGUCCUAUGAACGAACAGCCUGAUAAACGCGCAAGAAUUGGGCAAAAUGAAAAGGAGAAUAUUAGCCCCGUUACUGAUUCUUUGUUGAGUAUUCCUUCGCAAAUCACACGCUGUACCUCGCCAGAUUUAUUUGCAGAUUCGGAUGAUGAUGGUGAUAGUAUGCCCGAAGUAGUAAGCAGAGAAGCUAAAGAGUUCGAAGACUUCUCAUUAAAGCCUUACAAAGACGAUGAACAGGAGCAACCACAUAGUAUAACUACCUACGAGAACUAUUCCAGUGAUGAUGUAAAGACUGCUGUCAUUACUUUACCGGCGAAGAAAUACAUUAAAAGUGAAGAAUAUCAAUUUAUAAAAAACCCAAAUGAGGCUAUAAUAGACCUGUCACAAGAUUCUUCAUGUUCAGAGCCUGAAAACAAAAAAGCUAAUUCGUUUUUCGACAAUGAUCUCUUUGAUUCACGCCCAAAUCUUGAGUUCGAUGAAUAUGUAGAAGAAUGGAAACCGGAUUAUCAGGAAGUGAUUGAUUUUGAUUCCCGGUUAAAUGUCAGUGAUAACAUUUCGACAAUUUCAAAAACCUAUUCCAAAUCAUCUCUACAUUUAUCGUCAACCAACUGCAAAGAAGACUUUGACAGCUUCAAAAUAAUAUCUCGUAUGGAAGAGAAAAAUUGCAGCGACGAUUUUAGCUUUACACUUCCAAAUUCAAGACAAAACAGCGAUUUAAGGAUUAAAGAUUCUGAAAUGACUUCACCAACCAAUAAGACCUCACAGGACUCUGCAAAAUCAUUCGCUAAACUUGAUGAAGCAGCAUUCCAGCUUCAAAUGAGUGCUUCACAAAGCUUCAGAAUUAGCUGUAAUCAGACCCCUAACAAAACAAAGGCUGUAGAAUAUGAGCACGGCUUUAAAAGCCCUGUACAAAGUUCUAAGUCAAACACAUUUAACGAUGAUUCUAUCUCGGCGUUUGUUUCGCCUUUCAAGCAUUCGCAUUCCAGCAUUGAUUUAACUCAAGACAGCAACGAUGAAGCGGAAAUUGAGACUGAGAACGAUGGCAUUCUGCUGUCGGAUGAUGAAAUAAAUUACUCCAUUUGGAAAGCCGAUAAAACAUUUCACACGAAAACAAUAAAUAGCGACAUUGACAAUUGUAAUGAUAUACAAAAGAAAUCCAGUUUUCAUAGCGCCUUCUCAUUCGAAAAUCCUGUAGUUCUCAGCAGCUUUCAUAGUGUUGACGAUCUACAUGCAGAUCUUAUGGCGUCCCCCACUAUUUCUAGUAAAUCUGGCAAUUCUCACUCGCCCAACAAAAGUGCGCUGAGCAAAGAACGAGCAGAGUUUGGAAUUUUGGAUGCUGCUCUUUCGCAGCCCUUUACAUUCUCACAGUUGGACAGUCCGGCAAAGCUUUCCGAUUCAAAGGAGGAAAUCGACUGGUCGGAUGCAUCAUUUUUGGAUGUGAUUCCAGAGGUAACUUUCAAACGUUACUCCAGCAGCCACAAUCACAAGUUUAAUGAGCUACUAGCCGAUGUUUUGGAGUCCGAAAAAGCGUUGAAGCCCCCAAGCCCUCCACCAGUUGACCUUGACUUUGAUGAGUUUGAUCGCUUGGUCUUUCAAACUACCAAUGAUUCAGUUACACCUACUGCAUCAGACGCCUUUCCAAGUGGACUAGAUCGUCUGCUGAAGGGCGAAAUCAAUUUGGAGACGCUUCCCCAGCCCACAACGCCUGUCAAACAACGAAGUCCUAAGAAAUCUCUAUCAGUACCCGAUCAAUUGGAAGUCAAUGGCCAAGUAUAUAAAGUGCGUGUUUCUCAUUCGCCUAAACCUGAUUUUAUAAAGUUAUCCGAAUCCGAGUUGCUCAAGCAGCUUUAUAAUUAUGGCAUCAAGCCAUUGAAACGCAAACAGGCUGUGAAAAUGCUCGAAUUCAUCUACAAUCAAACCCAUCCCAAAAUGUUCGUGCCGAAAAUUGAGGAACCUGAACCAACACAAUCAAUUAUCAAAAAAACGUCCUUGUCACGGUCCAAAUCCACACCCGUAGGUAUUAGCAACAACAAGAAGCAGGACAGGUUGCAACAAACAGAUAGCCUUGACUGUCUAACUCCCACCGAAUCCAGAGCUGAAGGGAAACUGCAACUUCGCGAUGCCUUCGGGGAUCAUCUCUUGCGUUUCUCGCAAGCAUUACCCCCAACACUUUGCGAUGAUUUUGAGUAUUAUGUGCUGCAAACGAAUAUAACAAAGAAGACGCCACAGCCUUUGGUUCCACUUCAUAUAGCUUGGCAUAAUCUGCUUCUUGCUAAUCCUGACCUGCAUGAAAGCAUCCUUAUGUAUGAGCCCAUUGAUUUGCAAGAAAUCUAUAUGUAUUUAAAACAAUUGGGGCAUCGUUACGAACCCAAGGAAAUGAAAUGUUUUUUCGAUCGACGCUCUAUUAUUUUCCGCUACGAGUUAGCGCCGAAUGCCAAACAAGCGGAGCGUCAUGUGCGCAAAAAACCGAAAAAGCCUGUCGCUAGAUAUUAGAUUAUUGAGCAAUACAUAUGUACAUUAUAUAGAUUUUAAGGGAUUAUUUUCCGAUUAUUAUAUUCCGUUUAUUUGUAUAUUUGACAAUUCAAUUUCUGCGUCUUCGCAUUUUGGCAUUCAUGCAUACAUUUGUUAUUCUACUGUAACCGAAAAGCUAAGUUCUAGAUUUUAGAUUAAUAAACAAUACUUUUUUGUAUUCCAUCACUUAAAA